AUGACCUCCACCGCCAUACCUGUCUUUCAAAAUGGGUUCUACGUGGGGAAUAACUUCAACGCUAUCCUCUAUGGCAUGGAGCUCGUGCUCUACUUUAUGACCGUCCGAGUGGUGCUUGAUCGCAAGCACAAGCACGCGCCGUCGGACAAGUGGUUCCUCAUCUUCUCCACCGCCUGUCUGUGCCUCAACACUGUCUUCGUCGCGACCGAGGCUGUCUUCGGGGAGGAGAUGUGGAUUGUGAACGCGGAUUAUCCUGGAGGUAUGGACGCUUACCUCAACGACUUUGCGAGCGUAUGGUACCAGACCUUCGGUACCGCGGCCAGUAUCACGCUCAACCUGCUCGCCGACGGGCUUAUGAUCUACCGUGCGUAUGUUGUGUGGGAUGAUAUCCGCGUCAUCAUCUUCCCCUGUUUCCUCUACUUCGCCUCCCUCUGCCUCGGCGUCGCGCAGCUUAUCGAAGCCGGAGUCCCGCACGGAAACUACUUCCUCGGCAUCGCACAGAAGCUCGGGGUUGCCUACACGUCCUGCAUCAUCUCACUCAACAUCAUCAACACCAGUCUCGUCGCCGGGCGCGUGUACGUCGUCGGCAAGCGCUAUGCGGCCGCGAUGGGCUCCGACGUCGGCGCGGCGUACACCGGCGCGGUAUCGAUCAUGAUCGAGUCGAGCGCGCUCUCGACGCUCACCGGCAUCGCGUAUCUCGUCUCCUUUGCGAUCAACAGCGAGCUCAACAUCUUCUUCCUGAGCAUCUACGUCAUGUGCACGUGCCUCGCGCCGCAGCUGAUCGUGCUCCGGGUCAUGUCCGGGCGCGCGUGGACGCGCGAGAAGUCGUCCAUGGUCGGCACGAAGCUCGAGUUCACGGGCCGGUCGACGACGCAGAUCGGCGCGGAGUCGUCCGUGGACCACGAGAAGAAGCAGGCGCCGAGGCGGGCGGAGACGAACCUUACGUCCGUCGCGUCAAAGGGCAGCAGCGAGCACGUCUUCGAGGAGGUCUAG